CUCCCCCAGCCCCUCUCCUCUCGCGUUUCUUGCCGCCACAACUCCUGCCUGGGCUGCCGCAAAAACCGGGAACGCCGGAGUAGGCGCGCGGGUUGCGCGCGGGCCGGCGCCGGGAGCUCUGGGCAUGCUCAGUCGCACGGGCAGGGCUCCGGGCGCGAGCCGGGCUCCGUCUGCACCUCACUCAUCCGCUACCCACGGGAGCCGCCGGGCACCCACAGGCUGCGCGCGCGCUGCCCGCCGGAGGACCCCGCCGCCUCCUCGUCGCUUCCCGGAGCCAUGGCCGGGCUCGGCCACCCCGCCGCCUUCGGCCGGGCCACCCACGCCGUGGUGCGGGCGCUGCCCGAAUCCCUCGUCCAGCACGCGCUGAGGCACGCCAAGGGCGAGGAGGUGGAUUUCGCCCGCGCGGAGCGGCAGCACCAGCUGUUCGUGGGCGUGCUGGGCAGCAAGCUGGGGCUGCAGGUGGUGGAGCUGCCCGCCGACGAGAGCCUCCCGGACUGCGUGUUCGUGGAGGACAUGGCCGUGGUGUGCGAGGAGACGGCCCUCAUCACCCGACCCGGGGCGCCGAGCCGGAGGAAGGAGGUUGAUAUGAUGAAAGAAGCAUUAGAAAAACUUCAGCUCAAUAUAGUAGAGAUGAAAGAUGAAAAUGCAACCUUAGAUGGUGGAGAUGUCCUAUUCACAGGCAGAGAAUUUUUUGUGGGCCUUUCCAAAAGGACAAAUCAACGAGGUGCUGAAAUAUUGGCUGAUACUUUUAAGGACUAUGCAGUGUCCACAGUCCCGGUGGCUGAUGCUUUGCAUCUGAAGAGUUUCUGCAGCAUGGCUGGGCCUAACCUGAUCGCUAUUGGGUCCAGUGAGUCUGCACAGAAAGCCCUCAAGAUCAUGCAACAGAUGAGUGACCACCGCUACGACAAACUCACUGUGCCUGAUGACAUGGCUGCCAACUGUAUAUAUCUAAAUAUCCCUAGCAAAGGGCAUGUCUUGCUGCACCGAACCCCAGAAGAGUAUCCAGAAAGUGCAAAGGUUUACGAAAAACUGAAGGACCAUAUGCUGAUCCCCGUGAGCAAUUCUGAACUGGAAAAGGUGGACGGGCUGCUCACCUGCUGCUCAGUUUUUAUUAACAAAAAGGUCAACUCCUGAGCCGCAGAGCCUUGUAGCUGGCAAUCCGGCAUACACAGGGCUGCUGACUCUGUACCCACUCUGUUGUUUUCAUUGACAAUCUCCUGUGCCACUGUGCUACUAACUCUUGUUUACAGAAAUUUACUUUUAAGUUUAAUUGCUUUAUUCUGUACCCCACCCUCACUCCCCUCACGGUGGUACCUAAGUGGUGGAUUUGCUAAAUGAAUUAAGCAAUCUAGAAAUUAUAGAACUAAUGAACUAUUGAAAUGUGAAUAAUAUUAGUAAGGAAAACUCACUUUAGUGUUUGUAUUAUCAGUGUGGAAAUCAUUCAGUUGCCAAUAUAUUCUGAAGAAUGUCUUUUUGAUCAGUCAAAUAAGCUGGGUUUUUUGUGUCCUUUUUUUGUCUUUGUAUUAAUAAUCAUCUUUGGGUCCUGUGAAAUUCCUUGUGCAUAUAUGUCCUCCCCCUUUCCCUCUUUUUUUCUUCUGCAUUCUGAAAUUUUUCUUCCAGUGGCUUUCUUUUGCCUUUCCCACAUGUAUCCAAAUCACCUUGACCUUGGGUAAAAUCUAAAGUCUUGUUUUCUGGGUGCCUUCCUGCAGGCCCCCCCGUCUGCCAACAGUCUGCCUCACGGCUGUAUCUUCUGUCUCCCUCCAGAGGGGCAAACAGACCACUCGGCAGAACUGUGACCACACUUGGAGCAGCUGUUUGGGGAAGUGUUACUAUACAGAGGCACAUCCUGGCUGGGUGUGGCCCAGAGAUCUAAAUUCCAGAAGGAGGGUAAAUUUAUCACACCUAGGAAGGUAAAUUCAGCACCAAAUGGGUGCUAAGGGAUCAAGAAGUUUGGAAACACCCCAUGGGGGCAACAUCUUAAAAGGUCUUUAAGACACAUUCCAUGUAUUUUUGCUUCAUAUAUGCUUCAUAUAUAGACUUUGGAGAGAAGUCUUAUUUUUUCCUUAUUUAGCUCAUUUCUACUUCUCCCCCACCCUAACUUGCCUUCUUGCCAGCCUUUUAUCCCUGCUGUUAUUCUGGCCUAGCAAAGUUAUUUCUUUCAAAAGAGAUAUCACAUCUCAAAAUGAUUGUUGAUGGUAUAGUACAACCCAGAGGGAAGAGAGCCUCAUGGUUGGUUGUUCAGAAAGUGAGCAGCUUGUGCUUGAAACCAACCUCAGACAGUGGACAACUCUACUUUGAAAUAUGCCUGAAUAUUUACUGUGGAAUUCAAAUAAAUCAUCUUUCUUUUCUAGGCUUCAAAUUACACAACUUUAAACUGACGUGGGUCCCUCACAAAGAACAAUGCCAUGGUGAAGGAAGAGACCAUUGUCUUUUACUUAAAUCUGAAAGAUUCAGCCUAUUAAGCCAGGGAAAUGGUACUUUCCAAAGGAUGGUGACUGAUUCAGGCAUUUAUCAAACUUCCUAGUCAUCUCCACCUUUCCUGUAUUGCCUGUGGCUUAUUGUUUAAGAUUAAAAAUCACAAAGAUUAAGAAAUAGUACUUCAAGCCUUGCUUUCUUCAGCUGUAUGUUUGUAAUCAAACAUUUUUUACGUUGGUGACCAAGAGAGAAUUACCUUCAUUCAUUUCAACUCCCCCUUAGCAGAUGGAAGUGAUAAACCUCUGAGAAGAUCAAAACAUCCUUAGCUACUAUUAGUCUUUUUCCUUUAUUUAAUGGUUUUAUGACAAAAAUUUGAAGAAAUUCCGUCUUUUCCUUGUUUUUUAAUGUUUAAAUUCAUAUCACAUGCAAAUAUCUAAUUAUGUGCAUCCUGUGAAUGAACCAUUUCUUGGUCACUGUCAUAUUUCAGACUGUCUCAUCAUGGAUGAAUAAUAUGUUUUUAUCAGAGAGAGAAUGAAUGUUAGCCACAUGCCAAAGUUAGUAAAGAAUUGUUCUCAGCAGUUAUGGCUGCCCUCUUGGGUUAAAUCUGGCCCUACAGUGGCAGAAGUAGAAAAGCUCCCUGUGAGAGUUCAACGUCUCAAAAACAACUACAGGAAAGAUAACCCAAUCAGCCAGUUUAUGGUUACUAUUAAGGCUAACUAGCAUAUAUUUUUCAGUAUCUUUUCUUCUAUCAUCUCCUAUUAAAGAACUGUUCCCUAUUAUAUUCAGUCAAUUGCAAGUAAAUAGAUUUUUCUUUUGAGCAAUUUGUUUUGCAGAAGGCUGUUUUUCACUUCUUUCCUUCUUUCCUUCCUUUGUCUCAAGAAAUCACUUAGAAUCUGUGUGCCUCUUCUACAGAAUCUUAUUCUGCAUUGUGAUGUUACCUAUUAAGCUAACUUCUUUGGACUCCUGAUUAUGUGAAAACCUAAAAUACUUGCAGCAUAGUAGUUUUACAUCUUUGAUGUUCUCAUCUGUAUAAUGUUAUCUUUGAAAAGGAAAUAUUACCCAUUUCAUAAGUUGUCCCUUCUUGUUCAUUGUGAUUUGUAAGGAUGGAUAAACUAACAGAAACUGCUUUUUGACAAUAUAAAGACAUUAAUAAUUGCAUUUAGGCAAGUAAAAGUUGAGUCAGAAAUAUUUGGUCUGUAAAAUUCAAUUUAAUAAGGACAAUAUAGAGAAACUACAUUAUUAAGCAUUAUUUCUUCAACUAUGAUGGAUUGUUAUAGAAAUCAGCAGGUAGAUAUUUCUAAUGCAUAUUGAUUGCUCUUUUAAGCUACUGUGAACAGAUUUCUAAGGCCACCUCUUCAUUUUUAAUGGGAGGGGAAUAGUCUGUAGAGAAUAAUGUGGCUUAUUUAGAGUUGCAUGUUAGUCUUUGUAAUUAUUGACUCGAACAUUCUACAGAACUCAAGACAUGAUUUCAAUAUGGUGUUAAAUUUGUGCAUUUUAUUUUAAUGACCACUUCAUUCCAGCCAGUGUGUGGUUAUCCACUCUGUGUGCCAAAACCUGUAAUGCCUUUCAUGGCCCUUUAGUCCAGAGAAGUUCUGCACUGGUCUUAGUCUCUUGCUAUCCCAAUCCUACAUGUAUACCAAUCAUGAGGAAAUAAAGUGUGAAUUGUACUGUGAUCAACA